AUGGCAGACGGCCAGACGACCUUGUCCGUUCCGUACGGUCGGAGGUUGAUGAACAUUGUCGUCGAUGAGAGAGCAGCAGCGGGUCAUCAACAGCCAUUUGUCUCCAUUCCGGUGUCUACAACACCCAGCGAUGGAUUCAGAGAUAUCAGUUACGCGGUCUUCGCGAAUGCCGUCAAUCGAUGUGCAGGCUGGCUAGAACAGCAAUUUGGCAGGUCUUCGAACUUUGAGCCAAUAGUCUACAUUGCUGCACCAGACUUGCGGUAUCACAUUCUGGCGUUGGCUGCAGUGAAGAGCGGACAUGUAAUGUUCUUCCCGUCACCUCGCAACACUCUGGAUGCUCUGGAGCUCCUCUGUGAAGAUGCCCAGGCAACCAAGAUCAUAUCCUCUGCAAAUCCAAGUGCACUUGUACGCGGCGUUGUGGAACGCAGGUCCAUGCAUCGGGUCGAAAUACGUCCCCUGGAAGAAUUCCUGGACGAGACUCCAGUACCGCUGCGACCAUUCAGUGCGACCUUUGAGGAAUAUCGGUUCAAGACAUGGGUGCUCCUUCACACAUCCGGAUCCACGGGCAAUCCAAAGGUCGUGCACAUCAAGCAUGGACUCGUCUCGGCCGUCGAUACCUAUCGCAUGCUUCAGCACCCAACACGGUUCGUGAAUGAUCGAAUUUUCGUGCCAUUUCCGCCGUUUCAUCUCGCUGGUCUCAACUAUGGUCUUCCAAUCGCCCUGUGGUACGACGCUACGGUGGUCUUGCCUCCAGUAGGAGCUCCUCUAAGCGCCGAACUGUGCCAUACUGUUCACCUCCACGGUCAAGCGAGACACAGCAUGCUGACUCCCUCCUUGAUAAGUGAAUUGGCUAAAAAUGACACUUGGCGAGCUCAACUAGGGCAUUUGAAGAGCUUGACCUACUCUGGCGGACCUCUUUCUGAUGAUGUAGCUGAUCGGUUGUCUGAACUUACACAACUGACCUCGUCGUUGGGUGCGACGGAGUAUGGUGGCAUACCUCAGCUGCCGAAGAAAGACGGGAAUUGGCAAUACUUCAAAUUCGAUACAGAAUCAGCAGGGCUGGAAUUCCGUGAAACCGAACAGCCUGGACUCUAUGAGAUGGUUUUUGUACGAGGAUUCAAUGAGAUAACAAAUCUGGUUCAAGCCAUUUUUGUAACAUUUCCUGACUUGGAAGAAUAUCACACGAAGGAUCUCUUCACGAGACAUCCCACAGAACCUGGACUGUGGAAGUAUGAAGCAAGAUUGGACGAUGUGAUCGUUCUUAGCAACGGGGAGAAGUUGAACCCUGUGCAAAUGGAAGGCUUGAUCACCACGUGUCCUGCUGUUAAGGGCUGCUUGGUUGUCGGACAAGGGCAGUUCCAGACCGCAUUGCUGAUUGAAAGGCAAGAAUCCUCCAUGUCCUUUGAGGAUUGUAUUCGCCAAGUCCAGCCGUACAUCGAUCGAGCCAACAAGCUUUGCCCGUCUCACGGACGCAUUGCAGGAGAUAAAUUGAUUUUCACAACGGCUGAGAAACCACUACCACGGGCGGCGAAGGGAACGAUUCAGCGCGCUCGUGCUGUCGCCGUCUAUCGGGAGGAGAUACAGGCCAGCUAUACAGAGCAGGCUCCGAAGAACAAAACAACAGUCUCCGGCUCGCAUAUUGUUCUUGAUGAUAUGUCAAGCGCCGAAAAGUCGAUCCAAAUGUACCUUUGUCAUCACCUAGAGCUGGAACCGAGCCAAUUGCAGAGCAAUGACGAUUUCUUCUCGAUGGGUAUGGACUCCCUCCAGGUCAUCAACCUUGUGCGUGAGAUCAACACGUCUCGUGGGGAAAGUUCUCGUGAGAUCAAUGCUAUGUUCGUGUAUGAUCAUCCGACGGUGGAACAGCUGGCACUCGCUUUGACCACUGGAGUUUGUGUGAGAGAAUACUCCGACUUGAGUGAGGAUGAUGAGGUGGACAAGCGAACAUGGCAAUCUAUGGAUGACCUUUUCCAGGAGCUCCGACCUGCAGGUGAUGGCAGUAGCAAGCGACAGGGCUUCGCUAGUCUUCUCCGAUCUAAGAAGAGUCCACCCAUAUAUCAGCCUGAUGGUGGAAUGGUGGCCUGGCAACAAGUACUCGGGUCUUUUCUCAUCAAUGUAAGCAAUUGGGGCCUCGUCAACAGCUUUGGCGUAUACCAGGCGUACUACGAGACAAGUCUUCUGGCAGGUAGCUCUCCAUCGGCAAUCUCUUGGAUCGGGACUGUGCAGGGCACGCUUUUGCUUGUAGUGGGCGUUGUCUCUGGUCCGUUGUUCGACAAGGGCUACUUUCGGACGACAACGAUACUUGCUGGAAUCGGUCUGGUACUCGGAAUGAUGAUGCUUAGCAUUUCAACCAAGUAUUACCAGAUCAUGCUCUCUCAGGGAAUUCUGGUCGGCAUCUGUUCGGGUUUCCUUUACAUUCCGAGUAUCGCUCUGAUACCCCUGUACUUCAAGUCUCGCCGCGGCCUGGCAAUUGGACUCGCGACCGCAGGCGGCUCAGUGGGUGGAGUACUUUAUCCCAUAAUCUUUCGACGGCUCUUGGACGAUGUCGGAUUUGGCUGGGCCACCCGGGUGAUUGCUUUCAUCUCGCUCCUGACGCUCACUGUAGCGGUCUUGCUUCUGAAGCCCAUCGGAUCGCGGUCUAGUCGACAGCUGUUCGAUGCAUCUGCACUAGUAGAAUUGCCCUACCUGAGCUUCCUGAUAGCUGGAUUCUUGCUAUUCGCAGGAGUUCUCGUGCCUUACUUCCUGGUCAGCACAUAUGCGCUCGUUGAUCUAGAAUUGUCCGAGGACUUGUCAUUCUACGUUCUGGCAAUCAUGAACGGCGCACAGUUCUUCGGUCGUAUUAUUCCUGCAAUCCUCGCCGACUGGCUGGGACCUGAGUUGAUUUUACUUGGUGCUGAGGUCUUCGCAGCAGUCUUGGGCUUCUCGUGGAUAGCUGUCAACCAAGUCGGCGGCUACAUUGUUUGGCUUGUGGCAUUUGGAUUUGUGUCUGGGGUUAUCGUCACAUUGCCACCAACUGUCCUACCGUACAUCUGCCCGAACUUGGCUGUGUUUGGAACAAGACUUGGCAUGUUGUAUGCGGUCGCAGGAGUGGGAUUUCUGAUCAGCAGUCCUGUCGCUUUGGCGCUCAACAACGUCUCGAACGGCUUUUUGGGAUCGCAGUGCUGGAUCGGUGCUUGCUGCUUCGUAGCCGUGGUGUUCUAUUCUGUGACCGCACGAGAGGCUUGGAAGCGGAGGAGAUUGUAUGAGGAUAAUGGGAGGAACAAGGCUCCGUAUCUAUUGCGAAGAUCCAGAGACAGGCAUGUCGACGAAGAGAAGGGGCAUAAAUAG